AUGGGAUUAGAUGUUGUUAUGUUCAGAGCAGACAAGGGAGGCAACCCAGAGUUGAUCAAGUUGUCCCAACAGCGUCGUUUUAAACCAGUCGAGGCUGUCGAUGCCGUCAUUGAGAUUGACAAGAAGGUCAAAGAUGCUCAAUAUCGUCUGGAUCAAACAAAUGGUGAUUAUGCCAAGGUCAACAAGGAGUUGGCUAUGAAGAAGAAGUCUGGUGAGACUGGUGCAGCUGUUGAUGAGUUGGUUGCCAAAGCAACCGCCAUUGAUCAGACUGUCAAGGCACUGAAGCAAGAGACUGCAGACUUGGAGGAGGAGCGCAAGAAGCUCAUCAAGCCAAUUGGAAACAUCGUACACGAGUCGGUGCCAGUGUCUGACAACGAGGACAACAACACCGUGCACAGCACAUGGGGCGAGCCCAAGCAGUCGCCAGACCUGCUUCACCACCACGAGCUGCUGGACAUGAUCGACGGCUACGACGUGCCACGUGGAACAGAGGUGUCUGGUCACAGAUGCUACUUCCUCAAGGGAGUCGGUGUCGAGCUCAACAUGGCCAUCAUCAACUACGCACUCACUUUCCUAAAGAAGCGCGGCUUCACUCACCUGCAGACACCAUUCUUUAUGCGCAAGGAGGUCAUGGCCAAGACUGCCCAGCUGGAGCAGUUUGACGAGGAGCUGUACAAGGUGGUCGGCGGUGCACAGGGCGAGGAGAGCGAGAAGUACCUGAUCGCCACCUCUGAGCAGCCAAUCUCUUCCUAUCACCAGGGUGAGUGGCUCGAGGAGAAGGACCUGCCAAAGAUGUACUCUGGCUACUCGACCUGUUUCCGUAAGGAGGCCGGCGCUCACGGUCGCGACACCUGGGGCAUCUUCCGUGUGCACCAGUUUGAGAAGAUCGAGCAGUUCUGCAUCACCAAGCCAGAGGACUCGUGGGACAUGCACGAGAAGAUGUUGGCCAACGCCGAGGCCUUCUACCAGGAGCUCGGUCUGCCAUACCGUGUGAUCAACAUUGUGUCGGGAGCACUCAACAAUGCCGCCGCCAAGAAGUACGACCUCGAGGGAUGGUUCCCAGGCUACAACCAGUACCGUGAGCUGGUCUCCUGCUCCAACUGCACUGACUACCAAUCGCGCGAUCUGGAAAUCCGUUGUGGCAUGAAGAAGCAGGGUCAGCAACAGAAGAAGUACGUUCACAUGCUCAACUCGACGCUGGCUGCCACCACCCGUGUCAUUUGCUGCAUCCUCGAGAACUACCAGACUGAGGGAGGUAUCAACGUUCCAAAGCCACUGCAGCCAUUCAUGGGAGGCACUGAGUUUAUCCCAUUCGUCAAGCCCAAGCCAGGCAAGCCCAAGGAUGCCCCAAAGAAC